AUGCGGACAACUUUCACAUUAGGGAACCUGUUUUUAGUGCUAGUGGUGGUGGUGGAUAGUUCCAUCAAAGUGCAGCUAACUUACAGCAACAGUGGAAAGUGCUCAAGCAGCUGCCACCACAGCACAGGGAUCGACACAGUGUUAACGAAGCUAAGCCGUGGCAGUCAUUUUCUGACCGGCUCCGCCUCGUUCGGCAGCCAUCUUGUGUCGUCCAUUUUGUCGCUGUGCCCACGGUGCUGUGACGGACUUCCAAAUGUGCCCCCAGGCUCGAGAAGGGUUGGGGCUCAUGGUUCCAUCGGCCACGGUUGGCACCGUCACGCUGAGUCUUCCUUUCUUGUCGUGUAUUCCAGGUUUAUUCAAGAGGUUGAACACGCUUUGGGACUCAGCCCGGCUAAGCAGUGUCCGCUCCGCGAGUUCCUCACCAUGUAUAUCAAGAACAUCUUCCUCAACCAAGUCCUGGGAGAAAUCAACAAGGAAAUCGAAGGGGUGACCAAGACCACAGACCCGCUGAAGAUACUUGCCAACGCGGACACCAUGAAGAUGCUGGGCGUGCAGAGGCCCCUCUUACAGAGCACGGUGAUUGUGGAGAAAACCAUCCAGGACCUCAUGAACCUGAUGCAUGACCUGAGCGCGUACUCGGACCAGUUCCUCAACAUGGUGUGCGUGAAGCUUCAGGAGUACAGGGACACCUGCACGCUGGCCUACAGGAGUAUUGUUCAGUCGGAUGAAAAGCUGGUGAUCAGCGCGUCUUGGGCUAAAGACGAUGACAUCAGCCGCCUCUUGAAGUCUCUGCCCAAUUGGAUGAACAUGGCCCAGCCCAAGCAGCUGAGACCAAAGAGGGAGGAAGAAGAUGAUUUCAUAAGGACUGCCUUCGGCAAGGAAUCCGAAGUCCUCAUUGGGAACCUGGGAGACAAACUGAUCCCUCAGCAAGAGAUCCUUCGUGAUGUCAGUGAUCUGAAGGCCUUGGCCAACAUGCAUGAAAGCCUGGAGUGGCUGUCCAGCCGCAUGAAGGCCGCCUUCUCCAACCUCCCAACGGCACAGAUGUCUCCUGGCCAAAACGGGCACGCCAACAUGGACCUCCCGCCGGUUUCCGAACAGAUCAUGCAGACCCUCACCGAGCUGGCGAGAUCCUUCCAGGAGAUGGCUGACCGCUGCCUGCUGGUUCUGCACUUGGAAGUCAGGGUCCACUGCUUCCAUCUCACACACCUGAUGCCUCUGGCUAAAGCAUGGGACUACGCACUACUGGGCCAGGUGCUGAAGCUCAACAAAGGGACAUCCAGUGCACAUCAGAGAGAAGCCAUGAACGCCAGCCUCCAGCAGCACAAGUUCCAGUACAUCUUUGAAGGUCUGGGCCACCUGAUUUCCUGCAUCCUCAUCAACGGGGCCCAGUACUUCAAGCGUAUCAGUGAGUCGGGCAUCAAGAAGAUGUGCAGGAACAUCUUCAUCCUCCAGCAGAACCUGACCAACAUCACCAUGUCCCGGGAGGCCGACCUGGACUUUGCGAGGCAAUUCUACGAGAUGCUGUACAACACAGCCGGGACGAAUGACUUGAACCUGAGUGAGUGCGACCAAGGGGUGAAGUGCAGGCCGGAAGGUACAUCUGCAGCUUUGAGCUUGCUGCACACGCCUUGCCCAGGCAGGCGUGGGCGACCAAGCCAGGCAGGCAUGCGGCUGCAGCGCCUGAAAGAGAUCAUCUGCGAGCAGUGAUCAAACGAGGCCACCCUGGGACAAAGAAGAUCACCACCCGUGUGAUUUCCAUGAUGCGGUCCCUCCAGUGAAAGGGCCUCCUACUCCACUGAAGCCAGGAGGUUUCUUCACGUGAUUAUAGCCAAUGAGAGUUCUACGUGUCCCCUUGGGUAGCCAUUCUGUGUUGAUAAUGGCGAAGGGGCGGGCAUCUGGGGGGGUAGCAUUAGGAUCUGAGUCUCUUUUUUGUGAAAACUUUCUUUGCACUGUUUGUUGCAGGGUCUGGGGUGGGGGGCCCUUUGGGGGGGAGCUCAAGAUGGAACCAGACGCAUUGUGAAGGGGAAAAUUGCAAAGGAGGGGCAAAGGUAUUGACGUGAGCUUAUUUUUUAAUUUCUGAAGCAGAGGUGGGUCAGUUGUGGCCAAGAGGUCCAGCACAGCAGAGUUUCUCCAUCCAGCCUUCAUGCUGCUUAUGACCAUUACGUUGGGAAGUCAUGAGCAUCUACAGUGUCCCCAAUGAACUGUGGGGAAGCAACUCCAAGGCUCAUCGAGAGCUAGUGCAAGGAGAUCGCGCCUUGGAUCUCUGUCUGCUAUUUCCAACUCCUGGUUGGCACUGCAAGCAGCAGGGAGAAAUGGCAUCUGAGCGAGAACCCCCCAGAUAUCAGGCAGAAGACAGGUGUGGCUGAAAGAAUGUUGUUCAUCCACACCCCUGGUUGAAUGGAUUUUAGGUAUUUGAAUUGGGUGGGAAAGCAGGAGAGAAAGCUCAGUCCAACCCAAGUCACCACAGUGUGGCAAAAGGUAACCCUAGCUGGAAGAUCUAGAGCACAGGUGUCAAACUCACGGCCCUCCAGAUGUUAUGGACUACAGUUCCCAUCA